AUGGCGCUCUUCACAGGGAGCGAAUAUCUUCUCAGGCGGCGCAACAUCAACCGUAGCCGCAACCACCAUACGCCAUACACAGCCGAACAUUCCAGCCUCCGUCAAGACAGCAUACACUCGACCACCGCAAUGUCCACCGAGAAGAGCGACCGGAUUCAAGCUCUCUGCAAGCACAUCUGGGGCAGCCACUGCGACUACGAUAUCGAGUACGAGACGGAUGAUAACGAAUCCUACUACACGUUCAUCAGGGAGGAUUUGAUCUUUGACUACGGCAAGCAAGUUUGGUCAAACUACGCGCCUGUCAGAGGCAUCGAUCGCGCAGGACGUGAGAUGGAGCGACACCUUGAGCGAAUGGUCCGUGAGCAGGCUUGGGAGAAGAUGAGUGAAGGGAACAAGUAG